AUGGGCGGGAACCACUCCCACAAGCCCCCGGUGUUUGAUGAGAACGAAGAAGUCAACUUUGACCACUUCCAGAUCCUGCGGGCCAUCGGGAAAGGGAGUUUCGGGAAGGUAUGCAUUGUGCAGAAGCGAGACACGAAGAAGAUGUACGCGAUGAAAUACAUGAACAAACAGAAGUGCGUGGAGAGGGAUGAGGUGCGGAACGUGUUCCGAGAGCUGCAGAUCAUGCAGGGAUUGGAGCACCCAUUCCUGGUGAACCUGUGGUAUUCCUUCCAGGAUGAAGAAGACAUGUUCAUGGUGGUGGACCUGCUGCUGGGCGGGGACCUGCGCUACCACCUGCAGCAGAACGUGCACUUCACAGAGGGCGCCGUGAAGCUGUACAUCUGUGAGCUGGCCCUGGCUCUGGAGUACCUGCAGAGGUACCACAUCAUCCACAGAGACAUCAAACCGGACAACAUCCUGCUGGAUGAGCAUGGGCACGUGCACAUCACGGACUUCAACAUUGCCACAGUCGUGAAAGGAGCGGAGAAGGCUUCCUCCAUGGCCGGCACCAAACCCUACAUGGCCCCAGAAGUCUUCCAGGUAUAUGUGGAUGGAGGGCCCGGGUACUCAUAUCCCGUGGACUGGUGGUCCCUGGGUGUCACGGCCUAUGAGCUGCUACGAGGCUGGAGGCCAUAUGAAAUCCACUCGGCCACACCCAUUGACGAGAUCCUCAACAUGUUCAAGGUGGAGCGUGUGCACUACUCCUCCAUGUGGUGCGAGGGGAUGGUGGCCCUGCUGAAGAAGCUGCUGACCAAGGACCCCGAGAGCCGCCUGUCCAGCCUCAGUGACAUCCAGAAUACGGCCUACAUGGCUGACAUGAACUGGGAUGCAGUGUUCGAGAAGGCUCUGAUGCCCGGCUUUGUGCCCAAUAAAGGGAGGCUGAACUGUGACCCCACGUUUGAACUUGAAGAAAUGAUUCUAGAAUCCAAGCCGCUUCACAAAAAAAAGAAGAGGUUGGCCAAGCAUAGGUCCAGAGACAGCACAAAGGACAGCUGUCCCCUGAAUGGACACCUGCAGCAGUGUUUGGAGACCGUGCGGAAAGAGUUUAUCAUAUUCAAUCGAGAGAAGCUCAGGAGACAGCAGGGCCACGAUGGCCAGCUCUCAGACCUGGAAGGCCGAGUAGGAAGCCAGGUUUCCAGCAAGCUGCAGGACGGUCGAAACAACAAUAUCCUGACCCAUACAUGCACCCGGGGCUGCAGCAGUUAA